UUAUUUCUUCUAUUUUUUUAUAAAAUAUUAUUUUAUCUAAUUUUCUCAAAUUUUUCAAUUGUAACCAAUGGGACAAAUAGUAGUAGUACGAGUAAAAGAAGCUUUUUCACCAAUAUUUUAAUCCGUCCACCAUCUCCAUUUUCCUCUAUUUUAUUUUAUGUUCAGUCGUCCAUUUCAAUGAAAACACUAUUGCAUGCUCGAACGUUACUUCUUGAGAGAGAAACAAACAAAGAUUUCAGAAAGAGUUUUCGUUUUACUCUCACAUUGUCUAGAUCUGCUAUUUUCAUGCCGGAAUGUGCUACCCUUUCCAUUAUUACAAGCAUUUUCCGGCUAUACUUUCCGGAGCUCCGGUAAUGGAGAACUAAUCCGGCGUGUAGGUAAAACCAGUUAAAAUGUUUAAGUGGAAAAGUAAGAAAAGUAGGAUCAUUGCCAUUUUCAAGUUACAGUUUCAUGCUACUCAGGUAUCUGAGUAUGGAGGUCAUGGAUUGGUGGUAUCAAUAGUCCCAGCAGAGAACGGGAAACCAACAGCAAGACUAGAGAAAUCAGUUGUGAAAGAAAACGGGUGUUUUUGGGAGAAUGCAGUUUAUGAAACAGUUGAAUUUAUUCAAGAUCCUAAAACUGGAAAGAUUCAGGAGAGAAUCUAUUACUUUCUCAUCUCUACCGCAUCCCCUAAAGCUAGUUUAGUUGGAGAGUUUUCUGUAAAUAUUUCAGAUUAUAUAGGAGCAUCAAAAACUUGUUCAGUUGCUUUUCCAUUUAAGAAUUCCAAGUCCGACUCUUAUUUGCAUGUUUCAAUACAAAGGAUACAGGAAAAUAGUAAUAUCAGUAAACUUCAGAGAGAUGUUGAAGAAAAUGAAUGUGUAAGAAAUAAGCAGGACCGUAAUAUCAGUUUGAGACUACAUUUUAGCAAUGAAGAUGUUGAGCAAGGGAGCAAAUCAAAUUCUGUUGAAGACAGUUCAUUGAGAAAGGAGGCAUUUCAAUCGGUGGGGUUGAAUGGUAUACGUCAAGGGUCCAAUGGAUCGGACAUUACAUUGUCGAGCUUCGAUAGCAGCUCGGGACUGAAUACUCCACGAGAACUUGUAACAGAUGCCAACAUCAGUAAAAAUCAGACUUUAUACAGUCCAUGUUAUCAAGAACAGCAGAAAACUUGGCGAGAUAUGGCAAUCAAUGACUCGAGUACUGAAUUUUCGAUGAACAGCCCUAGAUAUUUCUUUCCUAGUUUGAGAUCUCCGAUGGCUUUGAAGGAUUCUGUUGAUCAGUUCAGAGCCGACCUUAUUGCUUUAUCUAGGAGGGCAGAAGUUUCGGAGUUAGAGUUGCAAACUCUGCGAAAGCAGAUAGUGAAGGAGAGCAAAAAGAGCCAGGACUUGUUGAAAGAAAUUAGCAGCUUGAAGGAGGAGAGAAAUGCACUGAAGGAUGAGUGUGAAAAUCUUAAGGCCUCACGUAAUUGUUCUGAUGAUCUAAAAGUUAAAAGCAACUAUCAGUUUGAGGGGGAUCCGUGGAAUCUGAUUGAAGUAAGCAGAGAAGAGCUCAAUUACGAGAAGGAAAUGAAUGCCAGUCUUCGGAUACAGUUGCAGAAGACGCAGGACGCCAAUGAAGAGCUUACGUGUGCUGUACAAAAUUUGGAGAUGUUGGAGAAGAACAGUAAAGUUGUAUCACAUUUGUCACACAGAACAAUAUCGGAAGAAAGUAAGAGCCAAAGUGAUGAUGAUGAAGCACAGAAAGCUCUGGAAGAUCUAGUGAGACAGCAUAGUGAUGCUCAGGAGACAUAUAUGCUUGAGCAAAAGAUCAUGGACCUGUGCAGUGAAAUCGAAAUGUAUAGGCGAGAUAAAGAUGAAUUAGAGAUUCAGAUGGAGCAGCUUGCGCUUGAUUAUGAAAUAUUGAAGCAAGAGAAACAUGAAUUCUCUACCAGACUCGAGCAAAAUCAUCUCCAAGAACAGCUAAAGAUGCUAUAUGAUGGAUCUAGUACUUAUGCUGUCAUAAGAGAACUAGAAGAUCAAAGACUAAAGCUUAUAUUUGAACUUAAUGUAAAAGUUGAAGAACUGUCACAUUGUUUAGCAGAAAUAAAAGAUCUUGAAGCUUAUAAUAUAACUCUGAAAGAAGAGUUGCGGAAGCAAGAACAAAGAUUAGAAGCUGAUAUGAAAGCUGUCAAAAGUGCCCACAUGAAACAGCAGCAGAGAGCUGAACAAGCAGAAGCAUCCCUUGAUGAAUCUGAUGCUAUCAUAAGUGAACUUGAAGCUGAAAUUGAGAAGUUGAAUGAUGAACAUAAGGACACUUUAGAAGAGUUGUCAAGGUCUUUUGCUGCCAUAAACAAUCUUGAAAGUCGCAACUGUUAUCUGGAGGAAGAACUCAAGAUACAAGCGCAAAGAUUUAAAGCUGAUAUGGAAUCUUUAAGGCUUGCAAAAAAGGAACAGGAGGAGCGUGCUUUGAAAGCUGAAGAAGAUGCUAUCCAUUCGGGUGUUACUCUGAAUCUGCUUCAAACCCAAAUCAAGAAGCUGGAGACCGAACUCAAAAAGCAUUCAGAAGAGUCUACAAAUAAUUUGACUAUAGUGAAGGAACUUGAAUCUCAUAUACAGAACCUUGAAGACGAACUAGAGAAAAAGGCAGAAGGGUUUGAAGCUGAUCUGGAAACUGUUAGUCGUUCCAAAGUGGAGCAGGAGCAGCGAGCAAUUCAAGCAGAAGAAGCGCUUAGAUUGGUGAGGUGGAGAAAUGCUAAUACAGCUGCAAGAAUUCAAGAUGAAUUCAAACGAUUGUCCUCACAGAUACAUUCAUCAUUUGUAGUGAAGGAGAAGCUUUCGAGCAAAGCGUUGACUGAAGCUUGUGAUUUAAUGAUGCAUAAUCGUCAUCUGCAAGAUCUGCUUCAGAAAACUAAUGAACAGCUUCAGUCAGCUAAAGAUGAAUACAAUACAAAACUAGAAGCUCUUUAUCUCCAAAUCAGAUUGAAGUGCUCUCUUAUAGAGCAAAUGGAAAGUGAAAUUCAAGAGAAGACCAUCCAAAUGGAAAUCCAGAAAAAACAAACUGAUGAACUCCAGAGAGGUAUUUCAGCUCAGCACUCGGAUCAUCAAUCAGAGAUAGAGAAACUUGCCUCAGAAAACAAGUCACUAGCUGAACAGCUGCUAGCACUGACCAAAGAACGAGAUCUGCUUUUUCAAAAGGGGAACACAGAAGUGGCAGGAAAGUCACUUGAGGUCUUGACCAUGCUGAAAAAUAUCAAGAAUGAGAAGGAGCACGAAGUUAUGAGUCUGAAAUUAGAACUGGAAGAUCGAAGAGCCCAGUGUGACAGCUUGAAGCAUUCUCUACACGAAGAUGAGUUGGAGAAGGAGACAUUAAGGAAGCAGGUGUUCCAACUUAAAGCUGAUUUAAAUAAGAAGGAUGAAGCAAUUUCUGCCAUUGAGAAGAAGUUCAAGGAGUAUAAUGCAAGAGCCAUAGAUCAACACAAAUCGAAACCGACUUCAAAAAAUUCAAAACUUGAACGUAGUCCUAAAGAGGUUGGUUCUAAAGAAGUAGCCACAUUGAAAGAAAGAAUAAAAUUACUUGAGGGGCACAUUAAGUCGAAAGAAGUUUCCUUAGAGAUCUCCGCGAAUGCAUUCUUGGCCAAAGAGAAGGGUCUUAAUGGAAAAAUUAUGGAACUAGAAAGUAAAUUGAGAAUACUUGGUCAUGAUAACCGGUACAUUGGCCAUGAUGCAAUACCACAGGAGAAGGUUUCUAUUGGGACACAAGCAGGCUGUCAUAAUGAAGAUACCCUCUCGGUCACAGACCAAAGCUCCAACAAUAUGCAGCCGAACAGAAAUGAUCAAACAGGAGCUGAUAGCCAACCAAUGCCUUCAUACAAUGAUUCUGAAAACCAGCAGAUGAUAGAUGUUUUACUGAAGGAGAUGGUCCUGUUAAAGCAAAUGAAUAAUUCCAUGGAAACUGAACUAAAUGAAAUGCAGGAGAGGUACUCAGAGAAAAGCGUCAAAUUCGCAGAGGUAGAAGGCGAACGGCAACAACUUAUGUUGAAAGUGUGUAGCCCGUAGUGCAAAAACAAGGAUGCAUCACCGUAUUGAAAACAGUAUUGUAAAGGUUUUUAAGUAUACUAUGACAUCACUGAGAAUAAUGGUGCAACCUUAAGAAAUGAGAACACGAUUCCCUCAAAUUUGUCCAAGUUUUUGAGCAUUAAGAUACUUGGUGUAUAAUUAAGGUUUGGAAAACAAUAAAAACUAAAAAUUGGGUGAGUGAGCUAAUUAUGGUGAGAAUAAUAUCUUAUGUACAUAUUUUUUGUUC